AUGCGUCUGUUCCUGCGUCGGCGCGUGUCCCCCCUGAAGCUGGCCCUGGUUGGGGGGACUCUGUUCAUGGUUGUCCUCGUGGUCCUCCAGAAGGACGUGGGCUCCAAAUCUGUCCAGGACCCCUGGUUCCAGGACCUGGUGGAACGCAAGGAGAGAGUGCUGGUGAUGGUCCGAGGAGCAGUCAACAACCUGGGCUUCCAGGUACCUGUAUGGGUCCUUUUGGUGGGGGGACUAGAGUAGUAGUGUGGGUGGGCUUAGUGACCAUUAUUAUUAUUAUUAUUAUUAUUAUUAUUAUUUUUAAAUAAAAUGAAGAAAACUAAUAAUAACCUGGGCUUCCAGAUCGGAGCUCCCCAGCCUCCACCGGUGGAGGAGCAGCAGGCCACCCCAGACCGCAACUGUCCUCCAGGUCACUACACCCAGGCGGAGCUGAAGCCAGCCCUGGAGAGGCCACAACAGGACCCCCAGGGGCCCGGGGCCGAUGGGACGGGCUAUGAGAAAGAAAAGAUGACACCAGAGGAGGAGAAAGAGAAGGAAGAAGGGAUGACUGUGAACUGUUUCAACCAGUUCUCCUCUGACCGGAUCUCCCUCAGCCGUAGCCUAGGAGAUGACACCCGGCCACCAGAGUAAGACUAUGUCCCAAUUAUCUCUCCUUCCUCCCAAAGUGUGCACUUGUUCACUUCCCUUAACUGAUUUGAAAGGAAAUGGCUUGUAUAAGAAAUCUGGUUGGAACUCCCACUAGCCCAUUCCUACACCAAUCCAAUGAUUUUAUACUUGUGGGAAGUAGUGAACUAGUGCACAUUUCAGGAGAAACAAGAUCUUAUUAGAACGCACCCUAAGACUUUGGAACUAAUUGUAACCAUGGUGAUGGAAGAAGGGUUGAGGAGUGGGUAGCGUAUUACCGUUGGGGCCGAGAAACCAGCCCUUAAUGUUUUGUCCAUAGAGUAACCAUGGUGAUCGAGAGGGGUGGUGUGAUACCUUGACAGCAAUGAAAAGUCUGAGUGAUGUUUUUUCCUAAAAUAUUUUUUGUGAACUCACAGUGCAGAUAAUAUUGACCUUUUUUCCUUUUUAUGACUAUCAGCUUUCUGAGAGUGAGAACACACACACACACACACACACACACACACACACACACACACACACACCUGGAAGUUUGGUGCCAGGACAACAACCUCUCCCUCAACGUCAGCAAGACAAAGGAGCUGAUCGUGGACUACAGAAAACGAAGGGCCGAGCACGCCUCCAUCCACAUCGACAGGGCUGUAGUGGAGAGGGUCCAGAGCUUCCAGUUCCUCUGAGUCCACGUCACUAAUUAAUUAACAUGGUCCACACACACCCACACAGUUGUGAAGAGGGCACGACAGCGCCUCUUCCCUCUCUGGGCUGAAAAGAUUUUACAUGGGCCCUCAGAUCCUCAAUGUUCUACAGCUACACCAUUGAGAGCAUCUUGACUGGCUGCAUCACCGCUUGGUAUGGAAACUGCUUGGCAUCCGACCGCAAGGCGCUACAGAGGGUAGUGCGUACAGCCCAGUACAUUACUGGUGCCAAGCUUCCUGCCAUCCAGGACCUCUAUACCAGGCGGUGUCGGAAGAAGGCCCCAAGAAUUUGUCAGACUCCAGCCACCCAAGUCAUAGACUGUUCUCUCUGCUACCGCACGGCAAGCGGUACCGAUGCACCGUCUGGAACCAACAGGACCCUAAACAGCAUCUACCCCCAAGCCAUAAGGCUGCUAAAUAGUUAGUCUGGGUAGCUAUUGAUUAACUAUUUAACUAUCUGCAUUGACCCUUUUUGCACUAACUCUUUUGACUCAUCACAUACGCUGCUGCUGCUACUGUUUAUCAUCUAUCCUGUUGCCUAGUCACUUUACCUUUACCUAAAUCUACAUAUCUAGCUCGUACCACUGCAUAUCGACUCGGUACUGAUUUUCUGUGUAUAUAGCUAAGUUAUCGUUACUCAUUGUGUAUUUAUUCCUUGCGUUUAUAAUUUUUAUAUUAUUUCUCUUUUAUUCUCUCUGGAUUUUUGGGAAGGGCCCGUAACUAAGCAUUUCACUGUUAGUCUAAAUCUGUUUAUGACAGCUUGGUUUUGAUUUGACACAGUCUUGCCCAUUAUUUUCUCCCAGGUGUGUGGAGCGUAAGUUCCGUCGCUGUCCUCCUCUCCCCACCACCAGUGUAAUCAUAGUGUUCCACAACGAGGCCUGGUCCACCCUGCUGCGUACCGUCUACAGUGUCCUCCACACCUCCCCUGCCACCCUGCUCACUGAGAUCAUCAUGGUGGAUGACGCCAGCACUGCAGGUUGGCAUCUUUCAGGGCUUUACUGUAGCUAGCACUGGAGCCUAGCUAUAGUCCUGUUAAUGACUUGGGGCAAACCUUAGGGCAGCGAUAAUUAAUCAAUUCAUAUAAUUGAUUAGUGGACAACGCCAGCACCACAGGUGGGCAUGAUGGCUCAAGAACUGGAGCCUGACGCCAUGGGUGGACUUAGAGCAGGAGAUAGAUAGGCCUUGGUUUAGAGCUUGACGCCACUAGGCCUUGGUUUAGAGCUUGACGCCACUAGGCCUUGGUUUAGAGCUUGACGCCACUAGGCCUUGGUUUAGAGCUUGACGCCACAGGCUCUUAGAGUAAAACAUACUGUGGAGCCUGGGUCGUGUUCAUUAGGGCACAACUUAGCCAAGCAUUUUGCCAUAGAUAAUUAAAUUAAUUAUAUUCCUUGUUUCUGAGCUCGUUCUUCGGUUUCUUGUCUACGGAUCACAACUCUGUUUCAGAGCAAAGCAUGUGUGACUUCAUUUACACAGGCAGUUCAAUUCUGAUCUUUUUCACUAAUUGGUGUUUUGACCAAUCGGAUCUGGAAAAUAUCUGAGGUGAAAAAGACCAAUAAGUGGAAAAGAAAUAUCAGAAUUGGGCUGCCUGUUAAAACGCAGCCUACCAUUAUUAUUAGACUGUUAACGUGUCAAUGACUGGACAAGUGUCCGUAAUAAAGACUAAACGAGGAGGUGCUUUAUUACGCAGUUGCUUGGUUAACUACAGUAUAACUGCUCCUGGACCUUGGAACCUCUAUCUCCUCCUGACUGUAUAGGUUCGCUUCAAUCUCUCACCCUGUUUUAACGACCAUCUGUAUACUAGCUAGCAAAUUGACUGACUUAGCAUGUGGUUUCUUAAAUAUGUUGUGGAAGAAGCGUGAUGUUCGUUGUGGCCAGUGCAUUGCAUACAGUGCAGUCUUAUUAAUACUGAAACUUGUGAGACAGUUCUGUUCUCAGAGCUCUACUGUUUCCUCUUUUCUAAAUAUGACUGGAUGUGGUUACAGUCCUAUGCCAUCACAUUUAGACACCAUGGGGUUACAGUCCUAUGCCAUCACAUUUAAAAAGCAUUGUGUUAUGUAGAACAGAUAUGACUCCGUCAGGUAGAAUUGGAAAUUGUCAGCUCUAUUAAUUCAAUUUCUAUGUACAUGUCAUUGAACACACCCCUGCUCUCUGUCAGUUCCCUAGAGAUGCUGUUCUAAUGCUGUGUUCAUAACAUCUUGUAAAUACAAGCAUACGACCGGGAAAAAUUCACUUGAACGCCCCUCUAACUCGUAAUUACUAGUGGAAAAUACGUCUAUCAUGCCUGAGCUCAGACUUCUCCCACAUGCUGAACUCUGACGUCACAUACUAAGGAAAUUACCUCAAACAGCUUUUUCGGCAGUUAACAACAAAACAUUAUUUAGGAAAAUCAAUCUAUUAAUAUGGUUUCAAACACUAAUUUGUUUACGAGCAUGAUAGCUGUACUUUUAGUUUAUGGUUGAUGCAGCUUCUUUGCCAUUUAACCAAUAGGUGUUUUCAACAAGUUCAAAGCAUGUGAACACUCACAACUCGUUGCUCCCAUUUUACAAGUAGUAUUUUCUGAGUUUCCCACUUGUUAUGAACGCAGCAUUAACCUCCUGUCAUUAACCCCGCCAACCCCCAUGCUCCAGAUCACCUAAAGAAAAUGUCAGCCAAGUUCCUGGCUAAACACGAUGAUGCUCCAGACCUCCUGAAGAAAACACAUACCUGUUAUGACAUUAUUUUCUUCUUCCUACCAGAGCACCUGGGGACCCGGCUGGAUGAGUAUGUGAAACAGCUGAAGAUAGUGAAGGUGGUGAGACAGCAGGAGAGGAAGGGCCUGAUCACAGCCAGGCUCCUUGGGGCCAGAGGGGCACUGGGAGAGACACUCACCUUCCUGGACGCACACUGUGAGUAGUGAUGGAUGGAUGGAUGGAUGGAUGAAUGAAUGCUCGGGGACCCAGGGAGAGACACUCACCUUCCUGGAUGCACACUGUGACAGCUACUAGCCAACUAGGAAUAGGUGGAUGGUGUCCUAUGGCACACAUGCUGUACACUGAGGGUCAAAAGUAUUUCGACAGUGACACAGUUUUGCUUGUUUUGGAUCCGUACUCCAGCACUUUGCAUUUUGAAAUUAUACAAUGACAAUGAGGUCAGAUUUAAAUUAAGGGUAUUUUCAUCCAAAUCUGGUGAACCGUUUAGAAAAUUACAGCACUUUUCAUAAAUAGUCCCCCCAUUUUUAAGUAACCUAAAGUAUUUAAGUAACCUAAAUACAUUUGUAUUAAGUUAUUUGGUCCCAUAUUCCUAGCACGCAAUGACUACAUAAAGCUUUUAACUCUACAAACUUGUUGGAUGCAUUUGCAGCUUGUUUUGGUUGUUUCAGAUGAUUUUGUACCCAAUAGAAAUGAAUGGUAAGUAAUGUAUUGUGUCAUUUUGGAGUCACUUUUAUUGUAAAUGAGAAUAAAAUAUGUUUCUGGAUUCUUCUACAUUUAAUGUGGAUGCUACCAUGAUUACUUAUGGAUAAUGAUGACUGAAACGUAAAUAAUAUUGAGUGAGAAAGUUAGAGGGUCAAAGAUCAUACCCCCAAGACAUGCUAACCUCUCACUAUUACAAUAUCACGGGAGGUUAGCAUUUUAUAUCAUACCCCCAAGACAUGCUAACCUCUCACUAUUACAAUAUCACGGGAGGUUAGCAUUUAAAUCAUACCCCCAAGACAUGCUAACCUCUCACUAUUACAAUAUCACGGGAGGUUAGCAUUUUAUAUCAUACCCCCAAGACAUGCUAACCUCUCACUAUUACAAUAUCACGGGAGGUUAGCAUUUCUGGUGGGGAUAUGAUAUUCAUGCCUCUAACUUUCUCACUCAUCAGUAUUCACGAUUCAUUCAUGCUUAUCCGUAAUCGCAACAAAAAAUGUGUCACUGUCCAAAUACUUCUGGACCUCACUGUAUACAUGCCAGAGUCGGCAUGGUUUCAAAUCCAGCCACUGCCCUUUGACUCGAGCUCCUCAUCCUUUGCUGUCUUUCCUCCACUGUCCUAUGUUCAAAAACAAUACGAAAGGAGAUGGAUGGAAGCACUGUCAGUAGCUAGCUCAAAAGGCCAGAGCAACACAGUUCACCCCUUAUUGACCCUCUCACGUCUAUUCCCUUGCCCACAAGGAAGGAUCGGUGGAGGGGUAAAAUGGUUCCCAUGAGACCAAUCCAUUUACAACCAUUGUUUCAUCUGUAUUUGUUUAAAUGUUUAGUACAGAUUUAAUACAUAUAAUCUAAUAAUUGAGUUUAUAAACUACUUUUAAACACUUCUAUAAAUUGUGCAUACGGAAAGUAUUCUGACCCCUUGACUUUUUCAAAAUGUUGUUACAUUACAGCCUUAUUCUAAAAUGGAUUAAAUAAAAAUCCUCAUCAAUCUACACACAAUACCCCAUAAUGACAAAGCGAAAACAGGUUUUGAUUUUUUUAAACAAACAAACAAAUACCUUAUUUACAUAAGUAUUCAGACCCUUUGCUAUGAGACUCGAAAUUGAGUUCAGGUGCAUCCUGUUUCCAUUGAUCAUCCUUGAGAUAUUUCUACAACUUGAUUGGAGUCCACCUGUGGUAAAUUCAAUUGAUUGGACAUGAUUUGGAAAGUCACACACCUGUCUAUAUAAGGUCCCACAGUUGACAGUGCAUGUCAGAGCAAAAACCAAGCCAUGAGGUUGAAUUAAUUGUCCGUAGAGCUCAGAGACAGGAUUGUGUCUAGGCACAGAUCUGGGGAAGGGGACCAAAACAUUUCUGCAGCAUUGAAGGUCCCCAAGAACACAGUGGCCUCCAUCAUUCUUAAAUGGAAGAAGUUUGGAACCACCAAAACUCUUCCUAGAGCUGGCCGCCCAGCCAAACUGAGCAAUCGGGGGAGAAGGGCCUUGGUCAGGGAGGUGACCAAGAACCCGAUGGUCACUCUGACAGAGCUUCAGAGUUCCUCUGUGGAGUUGGGAGAACCUUCCAGAAGGACAACCAUCUCUGCAGCACUCCACCAAUCAGGCUUUUAUGGUAGAGUGGCCAGACGGAAGCCACUCCUCAGUAAAAGGCACAUGACAUCCCGCUUGGAGUUUGCUAAAAAGGCACCUAAAGGACUCUCAGACCAUGAGAAACUAGAUUCUCUGGUCUGAUGAAACCAAGAUUGAGCUCUUUAGCCUGAAUGCCAAGCAUCACGUCUGGAGGAAGCCUGGCACCAUCCCUACGGUGAAGCAUGGUGGUGGCAGCAUCAUGCUGUGGGGGUGUUUCUCAGCGGCAGAGACUGGGAGACUAGUCAGGAUCGAAAGAUGAACAGAGAUCCUUGAUGAAAACCUGCUCCAGAGCGCUCAGGACCUCAGACUGGGGCAACGGUUCACCUUCCAACAGGACAACGACCCUAAGCACACAGCCAAGACAACGUAGGAGUGGCUUCAGGACAAGUCUUUGAGUGGCCCAGCCAGAGCCUGGACUUGAACCCGAUCGAACAUCUCUGGAGAGACCUGAAAAUAGCUGUGCAGUGACGCUCCCCAUCCAACCUGACAGAGCUUGAGAGGAUAUGCAGAGAAGAAUGGGAGAAACUCGCCAAAUACAGGCGUGCCAAGGUUGUAGUGUCAUACCCAAGAAGACUGGAGGCUGUAAUCUCUGCCAAAGGUGGAUGCACCUGGGGUCUGUUGAGGCGAGAAGGAUGGCCAGGAGGAUGCAGCGUUACAAAACAUUCACAUAGAAUAGUAUUGUGUAGAGUAUAUAUGAUUUUCUGUCAUGUAGAAUUGGGAAUGGAGUCGGCUUCAUUCAUUACGUCUCUAUCUGCAAUGUUCCACAACGUUUGUCUACUGAACCUCCUUGUUGUACUUUGUUUGUAAAAAAUAAAAUAAAAAAUCUAACUACUGAACACUACCCUCCCCUCCCCAGGUGAGUGUUUCCACGGCUGGCUGGAGCCCCUGCUGGCUCGUAUCGUAGAGGAGCCCACGGCUGUGGUCAGCCCAGAGAUCACCACCAUCAACCUGAAUAACUUUGCCUUCAACAAGCCUGUAGCCACCGCUAAGGCCCACAACAGAGGAAACUUUGACUGGAGCCUCACCUUCGGCUGGGAGGGCAUCCCCGAACAUGAGAGGAACAGACGCAAAGACGAGACCUACCCCGUCAAGUAAGGGCUAGGGACCCACCAAACAUGUUUUAUAUCAUUUACCCUUUAUUUAACCCCUUAAAAUCCCAUGAGGAAUCGAACGAGACCUGGCAAAUGGUGUGUAUGCAUAGUGAAGUUAAUGAUAUGUUAAUGAAAAGCUCACAAUUCAGCAUGUAUAAUAACAUAAUAUAACAUUAACAUAUUACACAAUAUUAUAUAAUUCAAACAGCGUUAAUAAAGUGGACUAUAUAAAAUACUUAAUAUAGUCUAAAACAGAGCAUAUACACUGAGUGUACAAAACAUUACGAGCACCUGCUCUUUCCAUGACAUAGACUGACCAGGUGAAAGCUAUGAUCCCUUAUUGAUGUCACUUGUUAAAUCCACUUCUAUCAGUGUAGAUGAAGGGGAUGAGACAGGUUAAAGAAGGAUUUUUAAGCCUUGAGGCAAUUUGAGACAUGGAUUGUGUAUUUGUGCCAUUUAAGACAAAAUAUAUGUGCCUUUUGAACUGGAUAUGGUGGUAGGUGCCAGGCGCACCCGUUGUGUCAAGAACUGCAACGCUGCUUGGUUUUUCACUCUCCACAGUUUCCCUGUGUGUAUCAAGAAUGGUCCACCACCCAAAGUACAUCCAGCCAACUUGACACAACUGUGGGCAUCCCUGUUGAACGCUUUCGACACCUUGAAGAGUCUUUGCCCCAAUGAAUUGAGGCUGUUCUGAGGGAAAAGUGGGGUGCAACUCAAUAUUAGGAAGGUGUUCUUAAUGUUUUGUAGACUUGUUGUAAUAAACAUUAUCUCAUGCUUUUGCAUUGCAUUGACACCAUUUGCCACCUCUGCGGGUCUGUUCCUUCAGAACUCCAACAUUUGCCGGUGGUCUCUUCUCCAUCUCCAAGAAGUACUUUGAACACAUCGGGACGUACGACGAUAAGAUGGAGAUCUGGGGGGGUGAGAAUGUGGAGAUGUCCUUCAGGGUUAGUUUCCCCUCUGCCCUUUCCUCUAAUAGCGUUAAUAAAGUGGAAUAUAUCAAGUACUUAAGUGAGUCUAAAACACUGAGCCAUAUAUAGAGUUUAGUCAUUAUGGUUUCUCAAAGACAUUCUGUUUCUGUUGAUUAUUACCUCAAUUAAAUUGGUUGAAUGGUGUCAUGUGACCUCGACAUUGUAUAUGGCUCUGGUCUUAAAUAAUCAUCCUUGUUUCUACAAAUCUCACAACUUAAUUGUACAUGUUGGAAUGAUUGAAAUUACAUGUACUGUAAAUUGAGUAUGGUGUGAACAUGUGUCUGCAAUGGGAAUUUCCAGGUGAAGAAAAGGGACAGCAGUCAUGGGUAAAGUCAAUCAAAAAUCAAUCAAUCGGGUUAAUUACAAGUUGCAACCAGGAGACACCACCCAGCACAGAAGCAGAGAAAAUGUCUAACUGGCCUCUUGGAGACAAGCCCUUAAUAUCCUAAUCAGACAUACAUCACCAAAUGUUCUGUAAACACCAGCCCCAGAGGCUUCUGGGAAGUCAAAACAGACUUCAGCUGCUACAGAAUCAGUGUUCACAGAAAGUCAUCAAUACAAUAGUAAAUAAUCAGUGUGUCCUUCGUCAUUGUACCUCCAGUGACAAAGCAGGUCACUAAGUUAUCCAGCUAACUGUGAUCAACUUUCUGACAUCAUCCCACCCCCCCAGGUGUGGCAGUGUGGGGGCCAGCUGGAGAUCAUUCCGUGUUCUGUGGUGGGUCACGUGUUCCGUACCAAGUCCCCCCACACCUUCCCUAAAGGCACUGAGGUCAUCACACGGAACCAGGUACGACUAGCAGAGGUCUGGAUGGACGACUACAAACGCAUCUUCUACCGACGCAACAGUAACGCUGCGAAGAUGGCUAAAGAGGUAUGCCCAUGUUCUCAGUCAACUCCAAGUUUCAUAUACUGUACUGUUAGAUAUAGUGCUGUGCAAUAAACGUCUACUAAAGAUGCAACCAGAACGCUGCUCAAAUGGCACAAGAGGUGAGAGUACAAGGGUUAGUUAAGCCCAUGGCUUGUUUUCAUUUACUCCAAGUUCCAUAAUACUAUUAGAUAAUCUUGUGUUGCCAGAUUUGGUAAUCUCACAUUCGCUCGACACAAAAGGAACAUCUUAAUCAAGGUUAACUGUAAGCCAACACACUACUGCACGUAAUGCGUGUCUGCGCAUACCGCAAUCUGUUUAUAAGAAAUUAAUAUGCAUCUGGAGUAGGCUAAAAUAGAUGUUUUUAUGAGUGCCUAUAUAUGAUAUAUAUGGGGUUAAAGUUAACGGUCAGUGCACAGAUUGAAGAAGCCACUUGUUCCAGAGUUCCCCUCUCACUCAUUUCCACUACUCUGUGUUGCAGAAAGAGUUUGGUGACAUCUCAGAGCGGCUGAAUCUGAGGGACAGCCUGCAGUGUAAGAACUUCACCUGGUAUCUGAAUAAUAUCUACCCUGAGAUGUUCAUACCAGACCUCACCCCAACCAAGUUUGGAGCGGUAAGUCUUGUUCCCGAAUCCCUUCAGGUGUGUACACACACACACACAGACUCACUCCCUUCAGUUGUGUUCCGUUGUGCCUCAGGGAAGUUCUGUACAGCAGUGCAUGUUUAUUCGCUGUGUUGAUAUCGUGUGUGUGUGUGUGUGUGCAGAUUAAGAACUCUGGCACUCAGAGCUGUCUGGAUGUAGGAGAAAACAACCAAGGAGGAAAGCCACUGAUCAUGUACACAUGCCACAACAUGGGGGGAAACCAGGUACUGUACACGUGCCACAACAUGGGGGGAAACCAGGUACUGUACACGUGCCACAACAUGGGGGGAAACCAGGGACUGUACACGUGCCACAACAUGGGGGGGCAACCAGGGACUGUACACGUGCCACAACAUGGGGGGAAACCAGGUACUGUACACGUGCCACAACAUGGGGGGAAACCAGGUACUGUACACGUGCCACAACAUGGGGGGAAACCAGGGACUGUACACGUGCCACAACAUGGGGGGAAACCAGGGACUGUACACGUGCCACAACAUGGGGGGAAACCAGGGACUGUACACGUGCCACAACAUGGGGGGAAACCAGGGACUGUACACGUGCCACAACAUGGGGGGAAACCAGGGACUGUACACGUGCCACAACAUGGGGGGAAACCAGGGACUGUACACGUGCCACAACAUGGGGGGAAACCAGGUACUGUACACGUGCCACAACAUGGGGGGAAAGCAGGGACUGUACACGUGCCACAACAUGGGGGGGCAACCAGGUACUGUACACGUGCCACAACAUGGGGGGAAACCAGGUACUGUACACGUGCCACAACAUGGGGGGAAACCAGGUACUGUACACGUGCCACAACAUGGGGGGGCAACCAGGUACUGUACACGUGCCACAACAUGGGGGGAAACCAGGUACUGUACACGUGCCACAACAUGGGGGGAAACCAGGUACUGUACACGUGCCACAACAUGGGGGGGCAACCAGGUACUGUACACGUGCCACAACAUGGGGGGGCAACCAGGUACUGUACACGUGCCACAACAUGGGGGGGCAACCAGGUACUGUACACGUGCCACAACAUGGGGGGGCAACCAGGUACUGUACAUGUGCCACAACAUGGGGGGAAACCAGGGACUGUACACGUGCCACAACAUGGGGGGGCAACCAGGGACUGUACACGUGCCACAACAUGGGGGGAAACCAGGUACUGUACACGUGCCACAACAUGGGGGGGCAACCAGGGACUGUACUGUCACUGGUUGUGUGGUAGAUGGUGACUCAGUAUUUACUCUCAUUGAAUUGGGUUAUGUCUAUUUUGGAACAAGUAGGCUUAAUGUAUUCAAGGCUUAAUGAACCCUUAUCAUAAAGACUUUAUAAAUGCUCUGUAAGCCUUCAGAAGGUUUUAAAAGGGACCCGUUUUAUAGGGAGCGUUUGUCUCAGACUUUGUAUCUCUCCUCUGUCUCCCCAGUACUUUGAGUAUACGUCCCAUAAGGAGCUGCGUCACAACAUAGGGAAGCAGCUGUGUCUGCAGGCCUACCCCCAGCCAGACCAGGUUAAGAUAGAGCUCUGUACGCUGAAGGGCCAAGGGACCAGCGUGGCCCCACAACAGGAGUGGGUCUUUACAGGGGUAAGGAAAGAUUACCUGGACAAGCAUGCAUACACGCACACACAUGUUUAUACAUACUGCCUUCAAAGUAUUAUACUUUAUUUUACAAACUCUUAUACUAAAAGGGCAUUAUCAUAAUUUUCACAAAUUCACAGUAUUAUUCCAACCUCAUAGUGUGGCAAUAUAAAUACACUACCUUCAGAAAGUAUUCACACCCCUUGACUUUUUCCACAUUUUGUUGUGUUACAGCCUGAAUUUAAAGUUGAUUGAAUUGAGAUGUUGUGUCACUGGCCUACAGACAAUAAUACCCCAUAAUGUCAAAGUGGAAUUAUGUUUUUAGAAAAGUUUACAAAUGUCAUUAAAAAUGAAAAUCUGAAAUGUUUUGAGUCAAUAAGUAUUUUUUUUUUAUUUAUUUAUUUUAUUUCACCUUUAUUUAACCAGGUAAGCCAGUUGAGAACAAGUUCUCAUUUACAACUGCGACCUGGCCAAGAUAAAGCAAAGUAGUGCAAUAAAAACAACAGAGUUACAUAUGGGGUAAAAAAAACAUAAAGUCAGAAAAUACAACAGAAAAUAUAUAUAUACAGUGUGUGCAAAUGUAGCAAGUUAUGGAGGUAAGGCAAUAAAUAGGCUAUAGUGCAGAAUAAUUACAAUAGUAUUAACACUGGAAUGCUAGAUGUGCAAGAGAUUAUGUGCAAAUAGAGAUACUGGGGUGCAAAAGAGCAAAAUAAAUAAUAUAUAGGGAUGAGGUAGUUGGGUGGGCUAAUUUCGGAUGGGCUGUGUACAGGUGCAGUGAUCGGUAAGGUGCUCUGACAACUGAUGCUUAAAGUUAUUAAGGGAGAUAAGAGUCUCCAGCUUCAGAGAUUUUUGCAAUUCGUUCCAGUCAUUGGCAGCAGAGAACUGGAAGGAAUGGCGGCCAAAGGAGGUGUUGGCUUUGGGAAUGACCAGUGAGAUAUACCUGCUGGAGCGUAGACUACGGGUGGGUGCUGCUAUGGUGACCAAUGAGCUAAGAUAAGGCGGGGAUUUGCCUAGCAGUGAUUUAUAGAUGGCCUGGAGCCAGUGGGUUUGACGACGAACAUGUAGUGAGGACCAGCCAACAAGAGCGUACAGGUCACAGUGGUGGGUAGUGUAUGGGGCUUUGGAGACAAAACGGAUGGCACUGUGAUAGACUACAUCCAAUUUGCUGAGUAGAGUGUUGGAGGCUAUUUUGUAAAUUACAUCGCCGAAGUCAAGGAUCGGUAGGAUAGUCAGUUUUACGAGGGCAUGUUUGGCAGCAUGAGUGAAGGAGGCUUUAUUGCGAAAUAGGAAGCCGAUUCUAGAUUUAACUUUGGAUUGGAGAUUCUUUAUGUGAGUCUGGAAGUUGAGUUUACAGUCUAACCAGACACCUAGGUAUUUGUAGUUGUCCACAUACUCUAGGUCAGACCCGUCGAGAGUGGUGAUUCUAGUCGGGUGGGCGGGUGCCAGCAGCGUUCGAUUGAAAAGCAUGCAUUUAGUUUUACUAGUGUUUAAGAGCAGUUGGAGGCUACUGAAGGAUUGUUGUAUGGCAUUGAAGCUCGUUUGGAGGUUUGUUAACACAGUGUCCAAUGAAGGGCCAGAUGUAUACAAAAUGGUGUCGUCUGCGUAGAGGUGGAUCAGAGAGUCACCAGCAGCAAGAGCGACAUCAUUGAUAUACACGGAGAAAAGUGUCGGCCCAAGAAUUGAACCCUGUGGCACCCCCAUAGAGACUGCCAUAGGUCCAGACAACAGGCCCUCCGAUUUGACACACUGAACUCUAUCUGAGAAGUAGUUGGUGAACCAGGCGAGGCAGUCAUUUGAGAAACCAAGGCUAUUUAGUCUGCCAAUAAGAAUGCGGUGGUUGACAGAGUCGAAAGCCUUGGCCAGGUCGAUGAAGACAGCUGCACAGUACUGUCUAUUAUCAAUCGCGGUUAUAAUAUCAUUUAGGACCUUGAGCGUGGCUGAAGUGCACCCGUGACCAGCUCGGAAACCGGAUUGCAUAGCGGAGAAGGUACGGUGGUAUUCGAAAUGGUCGAUGAUCUGUUUGUUAACUUGGCUUUCGAAUACUUUCGAAAGGCAGGGCAGGAUGGAUAUAGGUCUGUAGCAGUUUGGAUCUAGAGUGUCACCCCCUUUGAAGAGGGGGAUGACCGCGGCAGCUUUCCAAUCUCUGGGGAUCUCAGACAUUAUGAAAGAGAGGUUAAACAGACUAGUAAUAGGGUUAGCGACAAUUUCAGCGGCUAGUUUUAGAAAGAAAGGGUCCAGAUUGUCUAGCCCAGCUGAUUUGUAGGGGUCCAGAUUUUGCAGCGCUUUCAAAACAUCAGCUGUCUGAAUUUGUGUGAAGGAGAAGCGGGGGGGGCAUGGGCAAGUUGCAGCAGAGGGUGCAGAGUUGGUGGCCGGGUUAGUGGUAGCCAGAUGGAAAGCAUGGCCAGCUGUAGCAAAAUGCUUGUUGAAAUUCUCGAUUAUUGUAGAUUUAUCGGUGGUGAUAGUGUUUCCUAGCCUCAGUGCAGUGGGCAGCUGGGAGGAAGUGCUCUUAUUCUCCAUGGACUUUACAGUGUCCCAAAACUUUUUGGAGUUAGUGCUACAGGAUGCAAAUUUCUGUUUGAAAAAGUUAGCCUUUGCUUUCCUGACUGCUUGUGUAUAUUGGUUCCUAACUUCCCUGAAAAGUUGCAUAUCGCGGGGGCUAUUUGAUGCUAAUGCUGUACGCCACAGGAUGUUUUUGUGCUGGUCAAGGGCAGUCAAGUCUGAGGAGAACCAGGGGCUAUAUCGGUUCUUAGUUCUGUAUUUUUUGAAUGGGGCAUGUUUAUUUAAGAUUGAGAGGAAAUUACUUUUAAGGAACAACCAGGCAUCCUCUACUGACGGAAUGAGAUCUAUAUCCAUCCAGGAUACCUGGGCCAGGUCCAUUAGGAAGGCCUCCUCGCUAAAGUGUUUUAGGGAGCGUUUGACAGUGAUGAGGGGUGGUCGUUUGACCGCGGACCCGUUACGGACGCAGGCAAUAAGGCAGUGAUCGCUGAGAUCCUGGUUGAAGACAGCUGAGGUGUAUUUAGAGGGUAUGUUAGUCAGGAUGAUAUCUAACCCCUUUGUUAUGGCAAGCCUAAAUAAAUUCAGGAGUAGAAAUGUGCUUAAGUCACAUAAGUUGCAUGGACUCACUCUGUGUGCGAUAAUAGGGUUUAACAUGAUUUUUGAAUGACUACCUCAUCUCUGUACCCCACGCAUACAAUUAUCUGUAAGGUCCCUCAGUCGAAGAGUGAAAUUCAAACACAGAUUCAACCACAAAGACCAAGGAGGUUUUUCAAUAACAAUAAAUGUAAAAAAAAAAAAAGCAGACAUCCCUUUGAGCAUGGUGAAGUUAUUAAUUAUACUUUGGAUGGCGUAUCAAUACACCCAGUCACUACAAAGAUACAGGCGUCCUUCCUAACUCAGUUGCCGGAGAUGAAGGAAACCGCUCAGGGAUUUCAACAUGAGGCCAAUGGUGAAUUUAAAACAGUUAGUUUAAUCGCUGUGAUCGGAGAAAAAUGAGGACGGAUCAACAACAUUUGUAUUUACUCCACAAUACUAACCUAAUUAACAGUGAAAAGGAAGCUUGUACAGAAUUUAAAUAUUCCAAAACAUGCAUCCUAUUUGCAACAAGGCACUAAAGUAAUACUGCAAAAAAAUGGCAAAGCAAUUAAGUUGAAUACCACUGUCCAUAUUUUCAAGCAUAGUGGUGGCUGCAUCAUCUUAUGGGUAUGCUUGUAAUUGUUAAGGACUGGAGAGUUUCAGGAUAAAAACGGAAUGGAGCUACGCACAGGCAAACUCCUAAAGGAAAACCUGCUUCAGUCUGCUUUACACCAGACACUGAGAGAUGAUUUCACGUUUCAGCAGGACAAUAACCUUAAACACAAGGUCAAAUCUACACUGGAGUUGCUUACCAAGAAGACAGUGAAUGUUCCUGAGUGGCAGAGUUACUGUUUUGACUAGCGAUGAUCAACAACCAAUUUGACAGCUUGAAGAAUUUUGAAAUGAAUAAUGGGCAAAUGUUGCACAAUCCAGGUGUGGAAAGCUCUUAGACUUACUUAGAAAGACUCACAGCUGUAAUCACUGCCAAAGGUGCUUCUACAAAGUAUUGACUCAGGGGUGUGAAUACUUAUGUAAAUGAGAUAUUUCUGUAUUUCAUUUUCAAUAAAUGUGCUAACAUUUCUAAAAAUAUAUUUUACUUUGUCAUUAUGGGGGAUUGUGUGUAGGUGGGUGAGAAUGCAGGCUGUAACACAACACAAUGUGGAAUAAGUCAAGGGAUAUGAAUACUUUCUGAAGGCACUGUGUGUGUAAAUGUGUAUAUGUAUGUACAGUACCAGUCAAAAGUUUGGACACCUACUCAUUCAAGGGUUUUUCUUUAUUUUUACUAUUUUCUACAUUGUAGAAUAAUAGUGAAGACAUCAAAACUAUGAAAUAACACAUAUGGAAUCAUGUAGUAACCAAAAAAAGUGUUAAAUCACCCUUUGCCUUGACAGCUUUGCACACUCUUGGCAUUCUCUCAAUCAGCUUCAUGAGGAAUGCUUUUCCAACAGUCUUGAAGGAGUUCCCACAUAUGCUGAGCACUUGUUGGCUGCUUUUCCUUCACUCUGCGGUCCAACUCAUCCCAAACCAUCUCAAUUGGGUUGAGGUCAGGUGAUUGUGGAGGCCAGGUCAUCUGAUGCAGCACUCCAUCACUCUCCUUAUUGGUCAAAUAGCCCUUACACAGCCUGGAGGUGUCAUGUUUUGACAGUGUCAACAGCAAAUACCAUCACACCUCCUCCCUGCUUCACGGUGGGAACCACACAUGCCGGUCUAAUGUCCAUUGCUCUUGUUUCUUGGCCCAAGCAAGUCUCUUCUUCUUAUUGGUGUCUUUUUAGUAGUGGUUUCUUUGCAGCAAUUCGACCAUGAAGGCCUGAUUUCACGCAGUCUCCUCUGAACAGUUGAUGUAGAGAUGUCUGUUACUUGAACUCUGUGAAGCAUUUAUUUGGGCUGCAAUCUGAGGUGCAGUUAACUCUAAUGAACUUAUCCUCUGCAGCAGAGGUAACUCUGGGUCUUCCAUUCCUGUCGUGGUCCUCAUGAGAGCCGGUUUCAUCAUAGCGCUUGAUGGUUUUUGCGACUGCACUUGAAGAAACUUUCAAAGUUCUUGAAAUGUUCCGUAUUGACUGACCUUCAUGUCUUAAAGUAAUGAUGGACUGUCGUUUCUCUCUGCUUAUUUGAGCUGUUCUUGCCAUAAUAUGGACUUGGUCUUUUACCAAAUAGGACUAUCUGCUGUAUACCACCCCUACCUUGUCACAACACAACUGAUUUGGCUCAAACGCAUUAAGAAGGAAAGAAAUUCCACAAAUUAACUUCUAACAAGGCACACCUGUUAAUUGAAGUGCAUUCCAGGUGACAACCUCAUGAAGCUGGUUGAGAGAAUGCCAAGAGCGUGCAAAGUUGUCAUCAAGGCAAAGGGUGGCUACUUUGAAGAAUCUAAAAUCUAUUUUGAUUUUGUUUAACACUUUUUUUUUGAUUACUACAUGAUUCCAUAUGUGUUAUUUCAUAGUUUAUGUCUUCACGAUUAUUCUACAAUGUAAAAAAUAAAGAAAAACCCUGGAAUGAGUAGGUGUGUCCAAACUUUUGACUGGUUGUGUGUGUGCACACGGACACUACCGUUCAAAAGUUUGGUGUCACUUAGAAAUGUCCUUGUUUUCCAUGAAAACAUACAUGAAAUGAGUUUUUGAAUAGGAAAUAUAGCAAAAUGAAUAGGAAAUGUAGUCAUUGACAAGGUUUAGAAAUAAUGAGUGUGUCCUUCAAACUUUGCUUUCGUCAAAGAAUCCUCCAUUUGCAGCAAUUACAGCCUUGCAGACCUUUGGCAUUCUAGUUGUCAAUUUGUUGAGGUAAUCUGAAGAGAUUUCACCCCAUGCUUCCUGAAGCACCUCCCCACAAGUUGGAUUGGAUUGAUGGGCACUUCUUACGUACCAUACGUUCAAACUGCUCCCACAACAGCUCAAUAGGGUUGCGAUCCAGUGACUGUGCUGGCCACUCCAUUAUAGACAGAAUACCAGCUGACUGCUUCUUCCCUAAAUAGUUAUUGCAUAGUUUGGAGCUGUGCUUUGGGUCAUUGUCCUGUUGUAGGAGGAAAUUGGCUCCAAUCAAGCACCGUCCACAGGGUAUGGCGUUGCAAAAUGGAGUGAUGGCCUUCCUUCUUCAAGAUCCCUUUUACCCUGUACAAAUAUCCCACUUCACCACCACCAAAGCACCCCCAGACCAUCACAUUGCCUCCACCAUGCUUGACAGAUGGCAUCAAGCACUCCUCCAGCAUCUUUUCAUUUGGUGUGCGUCUCACAUAUGUUCUUCUUUGUGAUCCGAACCCCUCAAACUUCGAUUUGUCUGUCCAUAACACUUUUUUCCAAUCUUCCUCUGUCUAGUGUCUGUGUUCUUUUGCCCAUCUUAAUUUUUAUUUUUAUUGGCCAGUCUGAGAUAUGGCUUUUUCUUUGCAACUCUGCCUAGAAGGUCAGCAUCCCGGAGUCGCCUCUUCACUGUUGACAUUGAGACUGGUGUUUUGCGGGUACUAUUUAAUGAAGCUGCCAGUUGAGGACCUGUGAGGCGCCUGUUUCUCAAACUAGACACUCUAAUGUAUUUGUCCUCUUGCUCAGUUGUGCACCGGGGCCUCCCACUCCUCUUUCUAUUCUGGUUAGAGCCAGUUUGCGCUGUUCUGUGAAGGGAGUAGUACACAGCGUUGUACGAGAUCUUCAGUUUCUUGGCAAUUUCUCGCAUGGAAUAGCCUUUAUUUCUCAGAACAAGAAUAGACUGACGAGUUUCAGAAGAAAGUUAUUUGUUUCUGGCCAUUUUGAGCCUGUAAUCGAACCCACAAUUGCUGAUGCUCCAGAUACUCAACUAGUCUCAAGAAGGCCAGUUUUAUUGCUUCUUUAAUCAGCACAACAGUUUUCAGCUGUGCUAACAUAACUGCAAAAGUGUUUUCUAAUGAUCAAUUAGCCUUUUUAAAAUGAUAAACUUGGAUUAGCAAACACAACGUACCAUUGGAACACAGGACUGAUGGUUACUGAUAAUGGGCCUCGGUACGCCUAUGUAGAUAUUCCAUUAAAAAUCAGCCGUCUCCAGCUACAAUAGCCAUUUACAACAUUAACAAUGUCUACACUGUAUUUCUGAUCAAUUUGAUGUUAUUUUAAUGGACAAAAAAAUUGCUUUUCUUUCAAAAACAAGGACAUUUCUAAGUGACCCCAAACUUUUGAACGGUAGUGUAUAUGUGUAUCAAAUCAAAUGUUAUUUGCCACAUGCGCCGAAUACAACAGGUGUAGACAUUACCGUGAAAUGCUUACUUACCUUUGUGUGUGUAGACAAACACACACACACGUAUAUGUAUAUAUGCUGGGUGGAGGGACAUUUUAGACUCAUUCUUGAAGAGUGCUUUUGCCAAUCAUGUGGAUAAUGAAAUACAUUUCAUCUGCUUAGGUAACUAUCUGUUAACAUUCUGUCAAAACGCAAAAGAGAUUAGGUGUAGAGUGAUGACAUAGCUGCAGUACAUGGUCUAACUCUGUAGUUAACUCUCUGCCCUCUCCAGGAGAAUCUCCUCCAGAACCCAGCCAGUGGAAAGUGCUUACUCCUGAUAGGGAGCCAGAUAGUGAUGUACUACUGCAACGCAGCUGAUCUCAACCAGCACUGGACAUUCAGUUGACCUCCCUGAACUUUAACCCCUGACCUUAACCAGAACUGAAGCUUGUACUGGACCUUGACCCCUCUACCAGCCCAUCCUCCCAUAGACUCAGGGUCAAGCAGGAAGGGCCAGUUCCAGCUGAGGACAACAGGACAGGACCAUAUGCCACUGGAGAACAGAAAAUUGCUGACCUGAGAGGAGUGGACUAG